AUGGGAUGCGAGGUGAAGUACUCGGCCUUCCUGCGCAAGCAGACCCGUUACAACCCCACUCGUGGUGGUCCCUUCCACUUCCGCGCUCCCUCUAAGAUGUUCUGGCGUACCGUCCGCGGCAUGAUUCCCCACAAGACUGCCCGCGGCAAGGCCGCUCUCGAGCGCUUGAAGACAUUCGAGGGUGUCCCCGCUCCCUACGACAAGAAGAAGCGCGUUGUUGUCCCCCAGGCCUUGAGGGUACUGAGGCUCAAGCCCGGCCGCAAGUACUGCACUGUCGGCCGUCUCGGACACGAGUUCGGCUGGAAGUACCAAGACGUCGUUGCUCGGCUUGAGGAGCGCAGGAAGGUCAAGGGUGCCGCAUACUACGAGCGCAAGAAGGCUGUGCGGAGGCAGUUGGCCGAGGCCAAGAAGACGGCUAGCAUUGACAGCAAGACUCAGGAGCACCUCACCUCCCUCGGAUACUAG